GACAACCAUGGCUGUCGAAGAAGGCGUUGCUGAUGAUUACACACAGGAUGGGACUGUGGAUCUCAAGGGCAACCCUGUUCGUCGCUCCAAGAGGGGUGGCUGGAAAGCUUGCUCCUUUAUUAUUGUGUAUGAAGUGCUCGAAAGGAUGACAUUUUGUGGGAUAUCUUCGACCUUAGUGAUAUAUUUGACGACUAGACUACACCAAAACAUUGUAAAUGCAUCCAACCAUGUCACAAACUGGGUUGGGGUUGUCUGGAUGACCCCGGUUUUGGGUGCUUAUGUUGCUGAUGCUUAUCUUGGUCGCUUUUGGACCUUUCUCAUCACCUCUGUUGUCUACUUAUUGGGCAUGUCGCUUCUAACAAUGGCUGUCUCACUCCCGAUGCAAAAGCCGCCAUUGUUUGCCCAACCAACCGCCGGCCACUGUGACAAGCCCUCCACGCUGCAUCUUGCCCUCUACUUCGGUGCACUCUACAUCGUCGCGAUCGGCAUAGGCGGAACCAAGCCAAACAUCUCGACGAUCGGGGCCGACCAGUUCGAUGACUUCCAUCCGAAGGAGAAGAAUCAAAAAAUAUCAUUUUUCAACUGGUGGAUGUUCGGCAUUUUCUUUGGCGCCUUUUUUGCCAACAUAAUUCUUGUUUACAUUCAAGACAACAUUGGGUGGACCCUUGGUUACGGCCUUCCAACUGCUGGCCUUGCCAUUGCUACUGCCAUUUUUGUAGCCGGAAUUCCCUUCUACCGCCACAAGGUUCCCGCCGGAAGUCCCUUUACUCGGAUGGCUAAGGUUAUUGUCGCCGCCAUCAACAACCGGAAACUGCCGCUGCCGAGGGAGGCUAAGGAGCUGUAUGAGUGGGACUUGGAACAGUACACGAAAAAGAAGAAGUUUAGGAUGGAGCCCACUCCCACUUUGAGCUUCCUCAACAAAGCUUCAAUCCGAACUGGUUCGACCCAUCCAUGGCGGCUCUCCACGGUAACUGAAGUGGAAGAAACAAAGCAAAUGAUCCGAAUGAUACCAAUUCUCAUCGCGACCUUUGUCCCAAGCAUCACGUUGGCUCAAGUCAAUACUUUGUUCAUAAAACAGGGCACCACUCUGGAUCGAAAAGUUGGCAACUUUAGCAUCCCACCGGCGAGCUUGAUCGCCUUUGUCAACAUUUCGCUACUCGUCAGCGUCAUACUUUACGACCGAAUCUUUGUCAAGAUAAUGAGAAAAUUCACCAAGAAUCCAAGAGGGAUCACUUUACUACAGCGGAUGGGAACUGGGAUCGUCAUCCAUGCUUUGAUCAUGUUUGUUAGCUGUCUAGUUGAGCGGCGGCGGCUGGCGGCAGCGAUAGAGCAUGGUGUUGUAGAGAGUGGCGACCAAGUUCCGUUGAGUAUCUUCAUCUUGUUGCCGCAGUUUAUUCUCAUGGGGAUUGCCAAUGUCUUCAUGGAGGUCUCAAAGGUUGAGUUCUUCUACAAUCAGGCCCCUGAGAGUAUGAAGAGUCUUGGGACAUCCUACUCAUCGACAUCAAUCGGUGUCGGAAAUUUCCUCAGUAGCGUACUUCUCAAAUCGGUUUCCGACAUCAGCAGCCGCCAUGGAGGGAAAGGGUGGAUCAUCAACAACUUGAACACAUCCCAUCUCGACUACUACUACGCUUUCUUCGCUAUUCUCAGCUGCUUAAAUUUUAUCUUCUUCAUCGUCGUUUCGAAGUAUUAUGUAUACAAAGCUGAACUUUCAAACUCCAUAGAAUUGCUCACCGAAUCAAACAACCCAUAUUAA